UGUCGUCAAAGUAAGGAAGUGAAAUAAACUUCUCUCCCCAUGCCCCGACUUGGCUCGCCACUUGUUCCACAGACAAUUUUUAUUAUCCAAGAGGCAUCAUCAUCAUCAACAACCACCCUCCAUCAUCCCAGCUGACCGGUGGCACAGAGCAAGGGCAGCCAGACGUCUUCUGACAGAUCGCGUGGCCCCCAUCACAACACAUCCCGUGAUGGCGGUGGCAGAGCCGGAUUACCUGUUGGACGUCGAUCACAUCGCGUCGAUCAAUGGCGAGGUUGUCCGAGAGAACUUGAUGCAACAUCAUCAUCAGCACGGAGUUGACGAUCAGCAGCAGCAGCAUCAUCCCACGGCCCUUCCAGACGACGACCUCCUCAACAGCAUCGACCCCAAUUAUAACGAGGAGGAGGAGGAGAGGAAGUACUUCCGUCGCAAGCGACUGGGCGUCAUCAAGAACGUGAUCUCGGCAAGCGUGGGCGCGAUGCUCACCUACUCCGUCUACCUGGGCCUGAUCCAGAUGCAGUUCAUCCUCCAUUACGACAGCACGUACCGCGACGUCAAGUACAGCAACGUGGGGCUGCAGGACAUCGACGAGAAGAUCCUCAUGGGCAUCAACAUCACGCCACUUGUGGGGCUCUGCUACACGCCCAUGCUCAUCAGGUUCUUCGGCACCAAGUGGGUGAUGUUCCUGGCCACGGGCAUCUAUGGCCUCUUCGUCUCCACCAACUACUGGGAGCGGAAGUACACGCUGGUGCCGGCCGCGGUGGCCAUCGGCUCCGUCAUCGUGCCGCUCUGGGCAUCGCUGGGGAACUACAUCACGCGGAUGGCCCAGAAAUACCACGAGUACACAAACUACAAGGAGCAGCAGGAGGAGGAGGAUAGGCAGGUGAAGGGAGUCUGCCACAGGUACAUCAUCAUCUUCCAAGCCAUCUUCUACUCCUGUUUCAUGUUGAGCUUCGUGUGGGCCCAGAUGCCUUUUGAGUUCUUCAUCAAGCAACACCUCAACAAUUACAACCACACCCUCUACAACGUCAAGGUUUGCGGUACGAGAGAGAGGGGAACGAUCGAUGGCUUCAACAACACGGUGCUGGAGCGUCUCCCCAAGAGCAUGCACCUCAUCAUCGUGGAGAGCGUGCUCAUGGCCGUCGCCUUCCUCGCCAUGAUGAUGAUGCUGCUGCUGUGUGGUGCCGCGUACCGGCCCACCGAGGAGAUCGACCUGCGCAGCAUCGGCUGGGGGAACAUCUUCCAGCUGCCGUUCAAGCACAUGCGCGACUACCGCCUGCGCCUGCUGCUGCCCUUCUUCAUCUACAGCGGCUUCGAGAUCCUCUUCGUGUGCACGGGCUUCACCCUGUCGUACGGCGUGUGCUCGCUCGGGCUGGAGUCGAUGGGCACCAUUCUGAUGGCGUACGGCGUGGCGGCGGGCCUGGGCAGCCUGCUGUCGCUGGGGCAGCUGCGUGCGCCGCGCUGCACGUGCCUGUACGCCGGGGCGGCGCUGCACCUGGUGCUCAUCGUGGCGCUGUACGCGUGGGCGCCGAGCCCGCGCGACCUCUCGCAGCGGUACUUCGUCUACACCGUCGCCGUGCUCUGGGGGGUGGGCAGCGGCCUCAACAAGACGGGCCUCAGCAUCCUGCUGGGGAUGCUGUACGAAGACAAGGAUCGGCAGGACUUCAUCUUCACGCUCUACCACUGGUGGCAAGCCGUGGCCAUCUUCAUCACCUACCUGUGGACGACCUACGUCUCCUACAUGAAGGUGAAGCUGUCCUUCCUCCUCGCGUGCCUGCUGUUGGCCCUCGCGUGCUACAUCUACAUGGAGCGCAAGGUGGCGCUCGGCCACCGCCCGCGCCUGCCCCGCCUGCCCAAGCCCAAGCGCCGCAACAAGGGCUACCGCUACUUCCUGGACGAGGACUCGGACGAGGAGUCGGACGAGGGCAGGCACGAGCGCGGCGACGACGACGACGACAGGGUGGACAGCGACUACGAGGAGAACGACGAGGUGGCGAGGGAGCGCCGGGACGGCGGCGGCGGCGGCGACGGGAGCGGCGAUAACGAGCGGCCGAGGCAGAGGCGCCAGGCACGCGCCGGGAGCAGGAGGAGGGAGGAGAGGGGCCUUGAUAACGGCGCUCACGAUGGCGCAGCGGCAGCGGACGACGGCGAAUGAAACGCGAGCGAGCGCAGGCAUCGCCCCCCCCGUGAGCGGUGUGUGUGCGUGUGCGUGUGUUGGUGAAGUUGGUUGGCACAGUGUGAAUCACGGGUGCCCUGUCUGCCCGUCGUCAUUGCCAGAUAACUUGCGAUACCUCGAUUCGUUCCGUGGCCUCCUGCCUGGGAAGCCCUCGACCACUUCACGUAGUCUCGCGGUGCACCGAGCCUGGCACAAAAGCUCCGUGGAGACGUCGCCGUCGUUGUUUCAAUGGCGUAUUGGUUAGCGCACUUCUGCUGUCAAUCCUGGAGAAUAAUAACCCGAUUCUGGGCAUCCCCUGGUUCCACUCAACCCUAAAUGAGUGCCUUGUUCGGUGUGUGCUGGGCACGGUGCUUGCCAUGCCACUCCUCCGCGUGCACUUGCACUGUGCUCUCCUUAAUAGGUGCCCACUAGCUGGUGCUGCUUUGGGGGUCUCUGUUUGUGCGUGCGAGCGAGCGUGAGAAACUGCCAUGCCGGAGGGGAACGCACGCGGGCUUCUGUCCGGGACGAGAAGCGACGACGAGCAUCGUCGUCCCAGGUCUCCCUUGGUGCCUGCCCGCGAUCUUACCUCCUUCCUUGUCGCCCACAACAUCCUCGGAUAUUUCUCUCAAAAGUGGUCCCGGGCGAGGGCGAGUGCCCGGGCGAGGAUGAGUGCCCGGGAUAAAAUGAAGACCCCGCAUUCUCCUUGACGGUCACGACCGUGAGCAGCGGAGUCAGCAGCAGCAG